CCUGAUAUGGUCUAGCGCCCCCCAGACAGUCCCUACAGAUAAUCUCAGCUGAACACGCCAGGCAUCGUCUGGAGGCUAUGUGAAGUGUUUUUCCUUUCACAUGUCCCAGCUCAAUAUAAUUCCAGAACACACGAAGUAUGCUCGGGAAGAUGAGAAGAGGAGAACGAAGAUACCGUCGGAAUGUAUUCUCCAGAAAAACGACCUCUGGUAUGUGAAGACAUCCAAGUUGUCGUAAAAGGAGAACAUUCACCACGUCAAGGAACCUGGGUUACAGGUCUGCAGGAAAUCCUGACAAGUGGCAGAAAAGGCUGUAUCGGUAAGACGACUAAUCGGGCAUUUUGGCCCUACCUGAGGGCAUCAUGCCCAAAAAUAUCCAAUAAGAUGUUAACAUGCAAACACGAAUGCGUUCAGGAUUCUGAUUGUUCGCCUCUUCAGCUCUGCUGCAGCAAUGGUUGUGGACGAGAGUGCGUCAUCCCACAUGUGGAAGAAGAAGCAGCAUGUGGCUGUUCAGUGGCCUUCAUUGCCGACAAGAUGCCUGGAUUUGUCAAUAUGUCAGCAGAAGAGAUCAUGCAUUUGAACGAAUUUCUUCUUCACGCAAUUAUGCAAAGUGUCUCACCGUCACUAGAAAUCCAUCUAUUGUAUGAUGGAUUGCAGAAGAGCUUAGGAGGACCACGCUUCUCAAAUGGCUGUCAGUACAAGGAUUUUCUAGAUAUGUUGAAGACCGUACAUAACAUGCCGAAUGUGCCAUACUUCGACCCCUUCAAUAAGCCAUCCAGAAAGCUUGUUGCGGUUGUAUCAGAUCAAGAUAUUAUUGGAAAUCUACAACAACUCCUAUAUUUGAAGGAAAUAUUCCAAACAAUUUGUCUUGUGAUGGUGGGAACUGAUGGUGUCAGCGGGAACCAGUCCGCGUUGGAUGCCUUUCAUAGUGGUUGCGUGUUCAAGAUCCCUAAUUAUACACAACUUUUCGGGAUUUUAGAUGAUAUAGUAGGAAUCAUACAAGAGUCUUGCAAAUGCCCUGGGGAUGAUGUCAAUGGAGACGCUUCAUGUGCAAAGGUGGGGAAACAGUGCAGAAGUAGUAACGAAUGUGACUACCUUAGCUGUGUCAGCGGCACCUGCCAGCUACCUCAGUGUACUCAACCUGAUAUAGUUAAGAGCUUUGGUAUCGCAAGUAAAACAAUGUAUGAUAUGUACGAGACAGAAGUGUGGAAUAACAUUAUCGAUAAAGAAAGCCUUGUAAAUCCUCUGAGUUUUCCAUUCGCCAUUAACCUGACCUGGGUUAAGUCAGAAAGUGGGAAUCCAUGGAUUCAGAAGACGGUUGCUAAGGAACCCUUAACAGGACAUCAACAAAAAGUGCCUGUCGCAUUUAUAACUGACAUGUUUCAAUUUACAAACGCAACCACGGCAAAAGUACAGAGCAGGUAUACCCAAACACGAGCCAGCCAGCUACCUAAAACAUACAUCCGUACAGACCAGCAUCACGUACCCGAUUUCACUCCGCCGUGGCUGUACAGGGAGACUUCAUUCGCCACAGGAUGCUGCCCACCUGGACUCUUACACUGCAGUGGUUAUAUUGGUAUGUGUGUAUUUGGAGAGCUACUUUGUGAUGGAAUAUCCCACUGCAUUCACGGAGAGGAUGAAGAUCCGCAAAUGUGCUCUGAGCGGAAAUGUGACGUAAAGGAGUUCCGUUGUAGAAGCGGUCAGUGCAUCGGGGAAUUGUUCAUCUGUGAUGGGAAGAAAGACUGCACAGACGGAAGUGACGAAUUUUGCCAGGGUAUUAAGGACUGUCCUUCCCCUCGCAGUGAUUAUUGUGGCUCAGGCGACUGUAUUCAUCCCAGUCAAAGAUGUGAUGGCAUUACAGACUGCACAAAUGGAUCUGAUGAACUGUUCUGUAACUGCACAGGGUUCAAGUGUAAGUCUGGGGAGUGCAUUCCGCAACAUAACAUUUGCAAUGGAAACACCGAAUGUACUGAUGGAAGCGACGAAAAUCCCCUCAUGUGUAAAAAUCAUACGUGUGAAUCAUAUGAGUAUCAGUGCACUAGUGGCAUGUGUAUAUACAAGCAACUAGUAUGCAAUGGAGAAAUAGACUGCAACGACGGUUCUGACGAAAGCGUUGUUCUCUGCCGCAGUCACUCCUGCCCUUAUCCAUACUGGCAAUGUGAAUCAGGUCAUUGCAUCUAUGACAAACAGGUUUGCGAUACUGUUCCUGACUGCGAGGACAGAUCUGAUGAAUCUAAUGAAUUCUGCAAAAAAUGUAUAGGGUUUCACUGUAACACAGGACACUGUUAUGAGAUUGCUGUAAGAUGCAAUGGAGAGGACGACUGCCCUGAUGGGUCUGAUGAGGAAAACUGUAUCAAUUUCCUGUGUGCAAACCACAGUUUUCACUGCAGUUCUGGUGAAUGUAUAGAUGAUAUUCAUAAAUUUAAUGGACGAGAAGACUGCGCGGAUGGAAGUGAUGAAAUAACUUUGGGCAUGUCUACAAAAUGCACUAAAGGUAAAAAUUUGCAAUGUCCGACAGGCGAAUGUAUUGAUGAAAAGCAGAUGUGUAAUGGUGUUUAUGAUUGUGACAAUUUUGCAGACGAGUCACUGUGUUUAGAAAUAAAGUGUCCAGUACAACGACCUUUUCAGUGUGCUUCUGGGCAGUGUAUCGAAAACUCUGACGCCCGAUGCAAUGGCAUCAUAGAAUGCCUUGAUAGCAGUGAUGAAAUGGAGUGCAACAGCAUCUCAUGUCCUCUUUCAAGACCAUUCCGUUGCGACAGUGGCCACUGUCUAUCAAAAGACAUGCGGUGCGAUGGUAUCUUCCAGUGUAAAGACAGGAGUGAUGAAGAUGACUGUGGAGACGUUUCUUGUCCUCAUGAUUGCCAGUUCCGGUGCAAGAGUGGCGAGUGCAUCUGGAAUGAGCUGGUGUGUGACUAUGUGAGGCACUGCUGGGAUGGGAGCGACGAGGCCUUGUGCAACAGUUGGAAGUGCCCGUCACCGAAGUCUUUCAAGUGCCGAGACGGUGCCUGCAUCUACGACUUUGAACAGUGUGAUGGAAAUAGGGACUGCAUGGAUGGCAGCGAUGAGAUGAAUUGUCCCCCAUAAAACCUUACAAACUGUUUGUUCCGUUUAGCGUGCGUUAAGCACAGGAUGAAUAUUUUCAAAAAAGCAAGAAAUGAAUGAAAUGAAUCAUUACUUAUGAGAGUAAGUUAGAACAUUUGAAAUAUUUUAUUUUUUGCACAUAAUGCACCAAAGUUUGAAAAUCAGUGCACAAUUAUGCAGUGUUUUAGGUAAAUCGGUGCACAAUUACGCAGUUUUAAAGCUUUAAAUUAUUUUAAUCCGGUACACACUUUUUGUUAUAUUUAAGAUUUUCUAUACGUUCCCUCAGGCGUCGUUGAACUAAUUGAAUUGAAUAUAGAACGUAGACCAAAGGCACUGGGACCUGAGGUCAUUUAGAGUUGAGAAGGAAAUUGACUGACAAGUAAAAGGUUUGAAAGGUGUAGCAAGAGGAAAACCUAGCAACUGCACUAUGCGUGGUUUUUAUUAUAAAGCAACUGAACUAAACAGAAAUGAUCACAAUGCAGCAGUGAUGGGCAACAAUAUAUCUACACCUGAAAAAUUAAAGUUCGUUUUCCUUAAACAUCCUGUUCUGACAAGCUUCUUAGCCAUAUGCCAGAAUAAUGUGCACUAUACAUAGUUAUAGUCGAAAUAAUGACAGAUAUUUAUUUGUCUCUCAUAUAUUAUGGUUUAGUGUUAUUUUAU